AUGGUCGGAUACAUACCGAAUGCGGAAUAUAUGGUCGGAUACGCACAAUCGCUUAUCCGAGGAAAACGUUGCAUAUGUAUUUCCAUUGGUUGUGGUUGUUAUCAACCAUCUGGUUCCGGCUAUCGUCAACCAUUGCUACCGCAAUAUCGACAAUCAAUUUAUCGGCAACAACCGAAUGCAGCACCAUGCGUUACAAAUUGUUUCCAAGAUUGUAUGCGAAAUCAUCAAAGAGCUUGUCAACAAUCAUGUCAGAAUUCAUGCGGUAUACAAACGGGCUAUCAGCAGCCAAGAGUAUAUACACAAGCACCUUAUCAGUAUGAGCCAUUAAUCCAUGAGGUAGCCAAGGGACAGCAAAGCGGAAGUGGAGCGUGUAUAAAUGUUUGCAUGCCUAGCUGUGAAUCGCAAUGCAUUCAAAAAUCUACGCCAGUACCUGUAGUGCCACAACACAAUAGUCCUAUACCUGUGGUACAAAGCCAGACUCCUUUCUACUAUCCAUCGCAGCAAAAUGAACCCGAGAUACAGCAAUAUUCUAAUAAUGAUAAUAUACUUUGUAUUCAUCUUUGCAUGCCAUCCUGUGAAAGUCAAUGCAUUGAAAGAACAACUCCUGCAGUUCCAUCAUAUGCAGGACAAACGGAACAACCAAAUGAUAUCUAUUAUCCGAAACCAACUCCGUAUUCAUCAUUCACCCAACCUAAUCAAACACCAAUUGUUAUCCGACCUCAGCAUUAUAGUGGUGUAGGAGGAACAAUUUGCAUACCCAUUUGUAUGCCAUCAUGUCAAACACAUUGCACCGAAAAUCAAGGUCAAAAUGGUGGAGGAGAAGAAUAUAUAAGUAGUAGCACCACUCAUGAACUUAUUGGGCCUACUCAAACUGAUUUACAACCUCGUGAAAUUUCAAUUAGCUUACCACAAUCGAUUCAACAAUCACCGGAUUGUAUGAAUUUAUGCCAAGAAAUGUGUAUGCAACAAUGUGUUGGACAAAAUCAAGAAGAAAACCAAUGUCGACCAUCUUGUUACUAUACAUGUCAGGAAAGUUGCGCUCAUUCUCCAAUUAAUACCGGUACUGUAAAUUCCUUUCAACAACGACAAAUAGAAUCAGAAAUUUAUGAAACAACAGCAACAACUUUAGAUAAUUCCAUGAAUUUCCCACUCCUUAAAACUUUCCUUCUUCGAUCACCACCAUAUUAUCGUCAAACUUCUUUAUCUGAACCACAAGUUAUCAAUUGUCUAUCUGGUUCAAGAAGUAUUGGUCAAUGUAAAUGUCCAUCUGGUUAUGCUACAUGCUCAUCAACAAAUUCUCGUAGUAGCCAACAGCAAUGUUGCAGGAAACGAAGAAAGAAGGCUUAA